AUGGACGACGAGUUGAAUGUGCCUCGAUCGUAUUACCUUCUUCCCUUUGACGACGAUGGCGUAGAAGUGCGGGCGUCGACCAUUCCGGGAGCUGGCAUGGGGCUAUUUGCCACAAAGUUCCACGCUCAAGGCUCAAUUAUCUGCGAGUACUCGGGGGUUGUGGUGCCGAAUGAAGAGGCUUGGAAGCUUAAGGACAAGGCGUAUCUCAUGAAGUUGGGUGGCGGCGUCUACGUGGACGCCUUGGACUGCCCCGAGGUCCUUGCGCGGUACAUCAACGACUGCAGAGGACAUCGUGGGGGCUUCAAUGUCCACUUCGUGAAGCGCCCAGAAGAUACCAAAGCCGACGUCGUCGCGAUGCGAGACAUCCACCCUGGAGAGGAGCUGUACGUCAAUUAUGGUCGACUGUACUGGCUCGCCUACAACAUGAUGCACCCUAGUAACCCCGUGCGUUAA